GAUACUGGAGUUUUGAAUUUGAACCAGUGCGUUAGAACUCUUCCUGCGUCGCUGUAAUUUUUAAACGAGCUACUAAUUUUCGAGUGAACUAUUUCGUCCAAACUUAAGUCAUGUCUUUUUCAAGAGCUCCAGUGAAACGAUUUAAUGAAAAUAUCGGCUGCGCCCCAGCACCGGGCACAUAUGAGCUGAAACCAGGAGAGGUGAAGGGACCUGCCUCUUUCCACCGAUCAGAGCGCUUCAAACUGCUCAAAGCCAGUGGUGCUCCUUUCAUCCCACCACCAUCUCCUUCUAAAGAUGUUCCCAUGUCACCUGUGGCUGUGCGUAGGACCAUGUCUGUGGAUGGCCUGGUUGAUGGGUCCAUGUCAAAGAAAGACCAGAGUGGCCAAUCGAUGCAGAUGAAACAGCAGAAACUCCUGGAGAAAGAGAUCCGGUCCCUGGUGCAGCAGCGUGGGGAGCAGGACAGGCGCCUGGUAACCCUGGAGGAGGAGCUGAGGAAGGUGGAGGCCAAGCUGUUGUCUGCGGUCAGGGAGAAGACUGGUCUGGCAGCUAACGUCACCACCCUGGAGAGACAGCUGGCUGAGCUUAAGAAGACUAACGAGUUCCUCAAGAACAAGGUUUCUGCAGACACCACUAAGAAGAGGAUCCAGUCUCUGUCUAUGGAGCUGAUGGAGGCCAGAAACAAAUUGGACGUCAAUGACAAGGAGCUGAGUUUCCUCCAGAUCAGUACAGAGGGCCAGGUGAAGUUGCUGGAGACAGACCUGGAGGCAGCCAGAGCUACACUCACCGCCCUGAGGGAGAGGAACAAGGACCUGGAGGACCUCCACCAUGACACCAAAGUCCAGAAUGAGGAGCUGGAGAAUGAUAUGGAUACGCUGCAAGCUUUGGUCCAGGAGCUGAGAGAGGAGGUCAAUGUUCUUCAGGGUUACCUGGACACAGCCAACGACCACAUCCAGGAUCUGCGUAUGAAGCUUCAUGGGAAGACCGAGAUGGUGAACAGCAUCUCUGAGUCUCAGCAGGAGAAACUGGGCCAUCUUGAGCAGAAACUUGAGCAGUGCACCGCGGAGCUUGAAAACUCUCAGAACACUCUCCGUCAGAAGGAGGAGGAGUCAGAGAAACGUCAGCAGGACCUGCAGGCUUCCCGUGAUGCUUUGCAGGAGACUGAGAAGCUUCUGGAGCGGCGGGAGGCGGAGCUGAUGUCCUCCCAGAAGGCAUUGGGAGAGAUGGAGGUACAGAUGCAACGGGCCAACCAGGAAGUUUCUGACUCCCAGAUUGCAGUGCGGCAGCAAGAGGCGGAGCUAGUGCGGCUGCGAGAGGUGCUGAGGAGGACAGGGGAGGAGCUGGAUGACAAAGUAGCUCACCUGGAAGAGAAGUGCAAGGUCCUGGAGGAGGAGAGCGUUAAUAGCCAGGGGAGAGUGGAGGAGCUGAAGGCAGAGCUGAGCCUCCUGCGGGAGAACAGGAGGAGUGAGGAGGAGGUGCAGGAGCAGCUGGAGCAGACAUACACCUCCCUGGCUGAGGAGCUGAAGCAGGAAAAGGAGCAUGCAGCCUCCCUGGCCUCAGUGCUGGAGAGGGUGAGGGAGGAGACAGAGGAGGAAAGAAAACAGUUGGAGGAUGAGUUGGAGGAGGCUCUAGGAGUGCUGUCAGUUCUGGAGUUGCAGGAUGAGCGGAGAGGGGAGGCUCUACAGGGUCUCCAACAGGAGAAGACUGAGUUGGAGAGAGAGCUGACUGAGGCCAGAGCACUGCUAGACAGGAGGAGCAGUGACGUGCAGGUGGUACACUCUACCAUGAGGAGCCUGCAGGAGGAACACACCACCUCCCUCAGCAAGAUAGGAGACCUGGCCACUGAACUGGAGAGCUUCAGGCAGGCCCUGAAGGGAGCAGAGGAGAGGGGUAGAGCGCUGGAGGAAGAGGUGGAGAGGGUGACGAAGCAGAUGAAAGAAGAGAUGGAGAGAGUGAAUCAGUGUAAAGAGGUGGAGGUGAAGAAAGUGAGGGAGGAGAUGGAGGGGGAGCAGGAGAAACAUCUAGCUGACCAGCAGGCUCAGGAGAAAGCAAGAGCAGAGUAUGCAAGAAUGCUGUUGUCGGCACAGACUCGUCUAGCUCAGAGAGAUGAGGAGAUGAAGAGGGCUGAGGAGGAGGUGCAGAGACAGCUGCAGGAGGAGAGGAUGGAGAAAGAGGAGGUUCAAAGGCUACUGGAGAAGGAGAAGGAAGAGAGGGAGGUGCAGAGAAGAGACUUGAAGCAAUGGAUGUCAGAGGAGGUGGGGAGGCUAGAGAGACGGGUGGAGGUGUUAGAGGAGGAGAAGCUAGCUCUUCAGUGCUUGGUAGGAGAGGUUGAAAAGGAGAAACUGAGCCUUCACAACCAGUUGGAGAAGAUGGAGGAUCAGGUAAAGAAAGAUCUGCCCUGUCUAGAGACCCACAUGGAGGUAGAGAAAGAGAGGGAUGAACUGAAAACGGUAGUGGAGAAGUUUGAAAUAGACAAACGGGGCCUUCAGGACCAGGUAGAACUAAUACACAACCGACUGAUGAAGGCAGAAGAACAGAGAGCGAGUCUCCAAAACCAGUUAGAACUGAUGGAAGAGAAGGUUUCUCUCCAGAGCCAGGUGGACCCAGUUGUCCAGGAGAAGGUUUCUCUCCAGAGCCAGGUGGACCCAGUUGUCCAGGAGAAGGUUUCUCUCCAGAGCCAGGUGGACCCAGUUGUCCAGGAGAAGGUGACUCUCCAGAGCCAGGUGGACCCAGUUGUCCAGGAGAAGGUGACUCUCCAGAGCCAGGUGGACCCAGUUGUCCAGGAGAAGGUGACUCUCCAGAGCCAGGUGGACCCAGUUGUCCAGGAGAAGGUGACUCUCCAGAGCCAGGUGGACCCAGUUGUCCAGGAGAAGGUGACUCUCCAGAGCCAGGUGGACAAGGAGGUGGUUUCUCUCCAGAGCCAGGUGGACCCAGUUGUCCAGGAGAAGGUGACUCUCCAGUGGGAGAUGGAGGAACAGAGAAGAGACUUCCAGAGACAGCUGGUGGCAACUCGGGACAAGAGUGAUGCAGAGACAGAACACUGGAGGAGACGGUACGAGGAGCUCUACACUAAGGUCAAGCCCUUCCAGGAGCAGCUGAAUGGGUUUGCUGCAGAACGGGACGCGCUACUGAAUGAGAAUGGGGCAAACCAGGAGGAGCUGACCCGGCUCGCGGACGCCUACGCUCGUCUGCUGGGCCACCAGAACCAGAAACAGAAGAUCAGACACGUGGUGAAGCUCAAAGAUGAGAACGUCUCCCUCAAACAGGAGCUGUCUAAGCUGCGUGCCCAGGUGUCUCGUCAGAAGGGAGGCCAGCCCCAACGCAGGGUUGACCCCAUCAAAGCCUUGAACCACCUGGACAGCAAGGAGAACGAGCAGCCUGCUGCUGCACCUCUCAGACAGGGAAACCGCUGUUGAAAGGUAAACAAUGGACAGACCCUCAUAGAAAGCACCAACUGUCCUGGGUGAACAGGAGUCAAGAGGAUGUUGAGUCAAGAGGAUGUCAUGGUCUUGCCUAAUAUUUAAUUGUCAUUUGAUACCAAAUGCUCUGAAAAGCUACUUGAUGAAUCUACAAGGGGGGUGGGGGUGUUUGCAACCCUGUAUAUGUUUUAGCAGAUACAAAGGCCUUUAUCUUUCCAUCCUAUAGAGCAAUUAUGUCAGUACCAGUAUGAAACAUGGCCGUCAUUCUUUUGCUACAGCAUUCAUAUUAAGCACAAUGUUUGUUUUCUUCAACAUAACAUAGUUGUGUAUAAUGCAAAUACACUGUACAUGUUUAGCUCUAUUAAUUUACAUUUAGUUUGUUUGAGUCAUUCCCAUCUUUUUUCCAGUAGAUGGGAAUGUAAGUUCUCUUUUCACUGGUUUACCUUUUUACUGUCGUCCAACAGCCUGACUCUUGUAAAUAAAGCCCCACAUGUUCUCUCUUCCUUCACACUGAGAGAAGCGGGAAGAUUGUUUUAAAUAAAUGUAGGGAGUGUG